CGGGGUGCCUGGGCGUUUCUAUGGGCGUUUCUAUCGGCGCAUCCGCACCCGUUUCACAGCAUGCCAUUGCCAUGGGCAAGGAGAAGAGGGUUUAGGAUGUUGAGUUGAUUUUCUCUGUUUUCCGCAUUCUCCGUCUCUCUUCGUCAGUCUUUCUGCUCCCUUCUUUUAUCAGAUAUCGUGAUCAGGUGACGACUGACCUCGCAUGGUAUGGACUAGUUGUCGCGCCGGAUUUUACAGCACCGAAAUUUGUUUGUUCUCGUGAUUUUGGGGUGUUGGGUCUGAUGGUGCGGUUCGUUUCACGUUCUUCUGUUCUUUCUGACAUUUCUCCAUGUCCGAGGAGUUUACUUUUUUCGUUGCUACAUUCUCCUCGCAAAUCUUCAUUCAAGCUUCUGCUAUGACUAUACGAUGUCUUGCGAUCUUGGUUAGGAGCUCUAUUCCUGUUCAGUUUGUUUGCCGUGAAAUUUCAGUGAAUUAGGUAGUUUGGAUUCCAUCGAUGUUGGUUUGCUGUCGAUUGCUUUGUUUAGAACAUGGAUUUGUUCAAUUGCGGUGUUGCCUAAGGCUCUCAGUUGUUUUGGAUCAAAUGAUUAAUGUUUUACAUGAAUGUGUGUGGAUUUUAAAGCAUACGCUGCGAUCGUUUCUUGUGUUGUCGAAUCUUCAGAUUUAUGCACGAUGCACACUUAGUGCUGUUCUAUUGCUCGAAUUUUCAGGUGUUGUUAGAGUGAACCGUUUGGAGUCAGUCUUCUUCCUCCUUUGUAAACUGAUAGAAUAAUUUUUUGAAUGACACUUUUGUCUCUUCACGCUGUGUGAUCUCUAUGGAACAUUUCUUUAUUCGCUUUUGGUAUCUUUUAGAAGAUGGAAGGUCCACAUUGCAGGAUCUUGUCAAAUGUUUCAUCGCGGUUGUGAUUACGAAGCAAGAUUGAUUUAUGUGCGCAGGAAUAUCUUCCGAAAUAGAUUAUCGUUGCUCGGAUGAACUUCUGAGCAUAGCAGGGUUUUCCACUGAAACCAUUUCUUUAUUCCGCUAUCUAAAAUUGAUGCUUGAAGUUUUUUCACUUUCGUGUCCAGACCUAUUCUGAUACCACUAUUCGAUGUUGGCAAAAUAUUUGUUACAUAAAUGUCCGAUUGAAAAUAUACUUUUAAACUUGUCUGUGGCUCCGCUUCUCUCUUGAGCGUAAAAAGCGUUAACACUUGCCUUUAAAAUUAUGAGUAAGCUACUGAAAGCCUCCUUUAUGCUUGGGACUAGUUGGCGAACUUGAAUAAUUUAGAAGUGAUUUUUUUUCGAUUAUUGGCGUGCUGGUCUACAGCUCUGCUAUGCAACUCGGAAUUGCGACGACAAAGUUUUAAAUUGUAGGGUGUGUAUUUGCAAGUGUUCUCGUAACAUAAUUUUCGUUGCAUCACAGGGGCCUGUGGUGAUGGGAUUUUGAUUUGGUACAGCAUUGAACACCAAAGGUUUAUAAGUUUUACCGCGAGAUCAGAACACUGGAUUUUCAGAAUAUCGAAGUUGCUUAACUUUAGAGGAUAUGGAGGGUUUCACCCCUCCUCGUGGAAUUAACUCCAGUAGUUUUCGUGAGUCCGAUGUUGAACUUCUACAGAAAGGAGCCCGAGAAUGGCUGGAGGCAGUGUUGGAAGUGAAACUUGACCCUGACGCAAGCUUACAGGAUUUGUUAGCUGACGGCACAGUACUUUUCAACGUUUCGCAGAUCGUCAAAAAGAAUUUGGAAAAACUUUCUUUCAGUAAAGGUCAUAUCGAGAAUCCGCCUGCGCCAUCACUGUCCUCUCCACACGUGAAUCUGAAGACUAGCCUGAAGUAUCAACCAUAUUCCUAUGUUGAAGCUUUUCUGAAGGUUUGCAAGGAUGUAGGAAUGUUGGAUUUGGAUUUAUUUAAUCCAUCUGACGCAGUCGACAAGAAAGAUAUACGCCAUGUGUGUGUUUGCUUACGAAGCUUGUCAAAGAAAGCGCGAAUGCUGAGUAUUCAACUACCUGACUUCGAUAACGUGAGGCAUACUUGGGUGAGCCCUUCUCCUAAACAGUCAACGUCCACUGAGGUAGUGAACAAUCUCCGGGACCAUAUCGAGCAGCCGUCAAAUAAGCUGCCUUCCGCCAGGCUCAGCAUGAGCAGUAAGCUGAGCAAAGAUGGUUCUUCAUCGACCUCUGUAGAUCCACCUUCAAGGGGUGCCUCUGAUGCCGAUUGUGUUAACACAAAAUUAUUUCAGGUCGGCUCGCAAGCUGUGGAGACCCCAUAUGAGACUGCUGAAAUUAGGCAACCUUCAUCAAUGGAAUUAAUAGAGUCAAAUGCAAAACAAGCAGUGCCUGAAGUGGAGACUACCGCCUUAAUGUCUGACGAGAGGGAUUUGAGACCUAUUAGUCCCUCAGUAAUAUCUAAGGAGCCGCAAGUGAAUGGGUUGGGUGUGUUGGACUUGAGUUGUAAAGACCUAUCUUUCAUGAAGUCGCAGGGACUUGAGCGGAACGAGCUUAAGAAAAGGGGGAAGAGCAAUAACCGGUACUCAUGGUUUCCAUAUGUAACUGGAGUGGUUAUGUUUGUUGGUGCUAUUGUGCUCAUGGUAGUGGACAGGGAGAGAACGUCCUCACAACUUGUGCAUGAGGCCCAGCCAGCGGAUACUCUGGCAGAGAUUUCUAGACGGACAGAAAAGUCAAGCUGGCAAGAUAUUAUGCGAAAUAACACUGAUAUUCAUGACCCAAAUAUCACACAUCCUAAUGUGCCACGUAAACUGUAGAAGAGUAGAUUAUUGUUGUGGAGUCCUGUGAAUUUAUGAGUAAAACAUGUUCAUGUCGGAGGCUAUACAUGUCUUGCAUAUUCUUAGGGUUUGGGUCUGUUAUUCUAAUGAAACCAGCCGGCUAAACGACUGAAGCUAGUUGGAAUGGCCACGCUGUCUUAGAGUGCACUCAACAGGCACUAAACACGCACACGCGCAUAAAUUGUGCACUGAUUGUGUGAGACCAAGCUUGCAAACAGAGGAGCUCUGACUGCUGUGUAGCAUUAGGAUUUGUAGCUUCGUUGGUGCAUGUAAACCAGGCCAAGUCGAAUUCUCACUGCCCGGCAUUUGAACAGCUAGAUGCAGUUUCGUUAGCGUGCAAGAACAGCGAUUCGACGUACAUCAUAGACCAUAGCAGUUUAGCCAGGGUUGAAAACAGUAACCUAGAAUGCAGCAGGUUCACAUUCUGCCGUGCAUUGGAAUCUUGCUUGCGCUUAUAAUGACUGGAAUCAAAUUGUCUUUCUAUCAGUACCCAACAGUACUUCAGGAAAGCUUGGGAUA